AUGGCAUCACGGUGUGUGACCACAGUGGAGCUGACAGUGUCUUGUGAGGACCUGCGUAACAGAGACCUGGGCUCCAAAUCUGACCCUCUGUGUGUCCUUUUCGAGAGCACUUGCGGGGACCAGUGGCUUGAGGUGGAUCGCACGGAGAGGGUCCAGAACUGCCUCAGCCCUCAGUUUGCCAAGAGGCUCACGGUACACUACUACUUUGAGAUCGUGCAGAAGCUGAAACUCGCGAUCUACGACAUCGACAACGAAACGACGGACCUCAGCGACGACGACUUCCUGGGCGAAAUGGAAUGCACCUUGGGUCAGAUCGUGUCCAGCAGGAGGCAGACACGCCCCCUUCUUCUGAAGCACAAGAGACCUGCAGGAGAGGCUACAAUCACUAUCAGUGCAGAGGAAGUCAAAGAUAACCGGGUGGUGAACUUCGAGGUGGAGGCGAGGAACCUGGACAACAAAGAUUUCUUUGGGAAAUCGGACCCAUUUCUGGAGAUCUACAGACAGACUGAGUCUGGCUGGCAGCUGGCCCACAGGACAGAGGUUGUUGAAAACUCCCUGGAUCCUGUGUGGAGGCCCUUUCGAAUUCCCCUGCAGAGCUUGUGUGGGUGUAACGUGGAGCAACCCGUGAAGGUGGAAUGCUAUGACUUUGAUGCUGAUGGUUCUCAUGAGCUGAUUGGCUCAUUUGAGACUGACCUUAUUCAGCUUCAGCAAGCUUCAUGGGCUUCACCUGCAGAGUUUGAAUGUGUGAACAGCACAAAGAAAGAGAAGAAGAAGAGCUACACAAACUCGGGCAUAGUGAGCGUCAGACUGUGUCAGGUUGUGAAGGAUUACAGCUUCCUGGACUAUAUCAUGGGCGGAUGUCAAAUCAACUUCACUGUGGGCGUGGACUUCACGGGCUCCAAUGGUGACCCACGCUGCCCAGACUCCCUGCAUUACAUCAGCCCCGAUGGCUUCAACGAGUACCUGGCAGCCAUCUGGUCAGUGGGGACGGUCAUUCAGGACUAUGACAGUGACAAGAUGUUCCCGGCGUUCGGAUUCGGAGCCCAGGUUCCCCCAACGUGGGAGGUCUCUCAUGAGUUCCCCCUCAACUUCAAUCCCGCCUCUCCGUUCUGCGCAGGAAUCGAAGGGGUGCUGGAAGCCUACAGAAGCUGCCUGCCGCACAUCCAGCUGUACGGGCCCACAAACUUCUCCCCCAUCAUAAACCACGUGGCCCGUUUCGCGGUCCGGGCGGCCCAGCAGGAAACAGCCUCGCAGUACUUCGUCCUCCUCAUCAUCACCGACGGCGUGAUCACCGACCUGGAGGAGACGCGCGCCGCCAUCGUGAACGCCUCCCGGCUGCCCGUGUCCGUCGUCAUCGUGGGGGUGGGCGGGGCCGACUUCGGCGGCAUGGAGUUUCUGGACGGGGACGACGGCCCCCUGCGGGCGCCCACGGGAGAGGCGGCAUCCCGCGACAUCGUGCAGUUCGUGCCUUUCCGCCACUUCCUGGGCGCCCCCAUGGAAGCGCUGGCUCAGUGUGUGCUGGCUGAGAUCCCAGCCCAACUGGUGUCCUACUUCCACAUGCUGGGACUGAGCCCACCUAAUGACCCCACCCCCGCCCUCACUACUGACCUGCCCCUGCACCCCUAA